GCGUCCUGGGGGCCCAUGCCGACUCCAAGGACGCCUCCCCCAGAGUCGUAUAUAAGCCAAGCCGAGCAGCACAAGGGUAUGAUUCUCACUCCCCGGCGCUCACAGGCAACACCACACGACAUCAUGCUUUUCCUAGUUAUCGCGAGUGUAGUCUUCGGUCUCGCCCACGGCCAAGGAUUUCCUCGCGACACGCCCGAAGUACAGGCGGCGCGCGACGCCUUCGUCAGGGAAUACAACCGCCUGGCGGAGCUGGCGGCUCUGGCCCCCGACAUCCACAUCUACGAGCAGCGGCCGCUGACGCAGGUGCCCGCCCACCUGCAACACCUGUCCCAACAGCCCCGCCCCGCUGCCCCCAUACCCCCCGCCUUCAACGCCUACUCCUUCUCCGCUAGCCUGGGCGGCAGCCAGCAGUUCGUGCCCGGCCCCAACACCUUUCCCUCCUCCCCUGGACACCAGGCUGGACACCUCGCUGGACACCAGGCUGGACACCAAGCACCUGUCCAUCGGCCAGCCCCAGUACACCGCUUCUCCGCUUCCCCCGAUCAGCCAGCCCCCUGGACGGGGCCGCUUGCGGACGACGUCCCCGCUGGCGUCAGCGGCAGGACACAGGACACCCCUAAUGUGGCCGCCGCAAAGGCCGCCCAUUUCCGCGCCCACGCCACCGCCCUGGGCAUCAGGGUGUGAAUCUAACGUCCAUCAGCGAGUCACGUCCUCCGGCAGCGGGUGAGGCCCUGCGUCAGGAUACCCCAGGAUACCCUAGGAUACCCCCAGGAUACCCAGAGGAUACCCCAGGGUGACCCGGAGAGGCCCCCAACAGGCAGUCCCCGGAUCCCGUGCCAAAGAGUGAGAGUUAUGCAUCGGAAAGUUCUAUAUCUUUUGUAAAAUAUAUUCCAAUCUUCCUAA